CCAGCUUGAGACAAGUCGUAGGCGGUCGUUUUCAUUUCCACGGGCAGUGCGCUUUUGGCGGCGUGUGAUUCGGCCUGUGUGUUUAAUACAUUUGCGGGCGCAUGAAUGGUGAAGGCUGCAUUCUACCGACGUGGGAACGAGCUUUGAGAGCCGGGCGUCAUCGUCGUCGUAUGCUGCCUCCACCUACUGGCGCGCCAACUGCUCGACCGGCGCACCUUAGCGUAGCGGAGCGGCGAUGAGCUUCAACAUCGAGGAGUCAUGGAUCCUCGCUGGAUCGUGUUACGAAGGGAUGACCGAAGUGUCGUCACCCAGCCACAGUGCGGACUCUGGACGCGAGUUUGAAGAGGACCUGCGCAAGGCUUUGGACGAAGCACCUCCGCUAAACGAGAGUCGCGACGUGGUUCACUCCGGAGGUGCAAUGCCUCAUCCGGAAGGUCACCGGCCUGCCAGUCAACAGCAGCAGCGGAGUAAUGUGCCACCAAGCUCGUUCAGCUCGCCAUGGGCGGCCCAACCACCUGUGAAAAAUGAGGCUUGUGGAUUCCUGCUUGGGUGUGGACUCCCUGCAGUGAGACACGCGACCACAAGUGUUCCACUCACGACGCCGAGUCCGGUGCAGAAUGGUAGCGACCCUAGGGUGACCAAGGCUGGCCAGUCCAAAAUCGACUACCUGCGCCAAUGGAGUGUCUCCACUUACAAGUGCACCAGGCAGAUGCUCUCGGAGAAGCUAGGGAAGGUGCGGCCAGGCACAAGGACGGUGGACACCGAGCUGGAAGCUCAGAUUGAACAGUUGCGGGACACUCAGGCAAAGUACUUGCACGUGCUGCGCCUGGCACGUGCCCUCGCCUCGCAUUUCCACCAGGUGGUUCAGACUCAGGGCUGCCUGGCCGAAGCAUUCCAGGAGCUUGCGCAUCGCAGCCCACCUCUGCAGGAAGAAUUCCGAUACAACGCCGAGGCGCAGCGGUCGCUGAGCAAGAAUGGCGAGACGCUGCUCGGGGCGCUCAACUUCUUUGUCUCCUCCCUGGCCACCCUCUGCCACAAGACCAUCGACGACACGCUCUUGACAGUGCGGCAAUACGAGAGCGCCCGCCUGGAGUACGACGCCUACCGCACGGACCUCGAGGAGCUCACCCAGGGAACGCAGGGUACAGCCAUCUCCUCCAAGAUGGACGAGGCCCAGCGCAACUUUGCUAUCCACCGGGACAAGUACGAGAAGCUCAAGGCGGAUGUCACGAUCAAGAUGAAGUUCCUCGAAGAGAACAAGGUGAAGGUGAUGCACAAGCAGUUGCUGUUGUUCCACAACGCGGUGUCAUCUUACUUCUCGGGCAACCAGGCCUCGCUUGAGGCUACCCUCAAGCAGUUCAACAUCAAGGUGAAGAACCCAAACUCCAACUCACCUUCUUGGCUGGAGCAGUGAGGCUCGCCACGACUUGGGCCUAGUCUCCGUCAUCGACUUUCCUACUCCCCUACCCCUUCUCUCUCGCUCGGACGUUCGUAUCCAGCGGUAAUGCUGUCAAGGGGGGGGGGGGGGGUACUGACGAGGCGAUGCACCAUGCUUUGAUGCCGGCCUUGAUGGGAUAUUGUUCGCAGUUCUCUUUUUUUCCACCAUCUCUCUCUGUUUCAAAGGCCAGCGUUGUGUUGUGUGUGUCCACAAGUCAGAUGCGUAGCUUCUGAAGGUGCAUGACCAAACAAGUCAUGAAAGCAGGUGCAGUAGUGUAUUGUGCAGCUAUUGGAGCUGUUGCACAGCUGUUUCUGUUGUUGAAAUUUUCAGAGUACAGGUGCACACAAACCAUGUGGCAUUUUUGUUAACAGCAAAGACUCUUUCUGGAUCCUCUUCUCACGCUUUUUUUUUUCUCCACUGUGCGACAAGAGGGUUCUGUACUACUGCAUUGAUGCUUAAGCACUCAUGUCGGGCAUGAUAAUUGAUGUAACAUAACUGGAGACAAUUUUAUGCAUCGAAAUGCUUGGAAUAUUCAUGAUACAUUUCAGCAUGGCAAGUAUACAGGAUGGUUAAACUAAGGGAUUAGCAGUGCAAACACAAGGCAAAGGAAAGAAAACUUAAGGGCAGGCGAUGUGUACAUAUUUGCACUGUUCAUCCCUUCUUUGAGAUACAUGCUAAUUUAGCCCACCUUUUGCCGCUAGCUCAGGGCGGAAUGGUGUUAGUCAGUACCGUAUUCUGUGCAAGUCGCUAGGCGGGAUCUGUGUAAGUAUCCUGGCAACUCGUAAAUCAACAGCAUGGUCUCGCCCAAAUGUGCCCAAGAUACAGCUGUCAUUUGUUUUUGUGUAACUUAGCAUAAAUAGGAGCCCUGCAUAUGAAAAAACUUGGUUAAUUCAGUAUCUUAAAAACCACUCGUUUUUUUUUUACUGUUCUUUGAACUGCAAGCUUUUCCUUUCUUUAUUUUCGCAACAUCAGUUUCUUUUCCACCAUUUUCUGAUAGUGAUCAGUAGUGUUGUCACCACUUCUUGCGUGCUCUGUUUUCGUUUUGCAGCGAUGGUGGCAUCGUGUGUAGCCGUCUGGGUUGCACUGCGAAGCCGCGGUGUUUCUUCCCUGAGGUUGUGACCGAAACUGUUGCGUGAUGUUCAUGAUCCCCAUGUCGUGGUUUCCGCCAUGCACUGUGGCAGCACAUGUUCGUCAAGGUCAAAUGAAAGAGGCCUGCUGCCACACUUCUCCUCGGAGCAGCUUUUCGGACUUCUUCUACUUGACUAUAAAAGAAAACUUCAGGCAGUCAGUAAAGAAUGCAGAACCAUGUGGUUAAGCUAUUCAGUUUUUCAUCACAUUGCACUGUUUUAGAACUAAGUUGGUGACAUUGCGACGUCAUUAAAUUGCACAUUUUUCUGUUAUGUUCAGCCCUCACAUUCAAACUUUCACAAGUUUGAUGUGGAAAGUCCACACAGCUUCAUAUUUAACACUCCUAAGUUGAAAAAUAUUGCUUUCGAAAUAUUUACGAGAGUUUUAAUGAGCAUGAUUAAGUUGCGUGCACCUGGUUCGAUACUGUGAUCAGCGAGUAGAUAGCUAAAAAAAAAGUUACGAAGUAUUCAGGUAGAGGCCAUUGCGGUACUCUACACCACAUGUCAGCUGGAGUUGGACGUCAAAAAGGCCAUUUGGAGUGCAUAAUUGCCUUCAUGUCUUGAAGUUGCGCAGUGUGAUCGAGUGACGAAAUAGCUGUGGUCUAUACUUGCUUUGUCUUGCCAAUUCUGCGUACUGCUGUGAAGAUAAGAACUCGCCUUGGCCAUUUAAUAAGCUGGAAGGCCUGCUUAGUGUCCGCUGACAAUCUUGCCAUGUGCGAGUCAGCUGAAUAGAACGAUUGCAGAAAGAUUAGCAGGGUGUAGUAGGCAACCCUGCCUAAGCCUAAAACAUUGCAGGAGGUGCUUGUUCUUUAUUGGCAUCUCUAAGCCCAAGCCUCUCUUCCAGUCUGUGAGAUGGAAUUCAGAGAAUUUCAUUUUUGAUGGCGGGCACAGCAUUUCUCGUCAAUACUUUGUCGUGUUUUCCUUUUACUUGAAGAUGUGACUAUCCUGGGCAAGUCAAACGAUAAUUAAAAUUUUGUAUAUUGUAGAGAAAUAAUACCUAAUAUAAUUUAGCGUUAUGUUUCGGCAUGUACCAUACAGCCAUCUCAUCUUUAGCAUUCCACUCUGCCAACAUAUCAGGUGAGGCAGCAUCCACUGGACACUUUUUUCCAGUGUGAAAUAAGAUAAUUGAUGAAUUAGUGAGGUUUAAUUAAAAAUCCUCACUUGUAACUGUGGCUAGCCCAUAUAACCACCAAGACAUUACAGUACAUUGUUGGCUUUCCUGUGCAUGUAUGUACCAUAGGUAUAGUUUAUUUGUAAGCAGAUAUGCUGAUGGGAAUUUUACUUCUUCGUGGAAGGUCUGGUGCCUUUUCCUGGUGUGAUCCUGUUUCACUUAUCUUUAGCACUGUUAUUCUUGGCUUUUAUUGUUUCUGUAUAAUGAGCACAGUUUUUUUGUGUUCUUGCUUUGUUUUUACAGAAUCAUUAAGGAAAAGCAUGGCCAUCAACGUCUUUAACAUCUCAAGAGAUUUAGACAGGUUGUCCCAACUUUUUGUAGUUACACGGAAAGGCUGAUGUGAUUGCCUGGUGGAGCACAAUUUUGUGCCUCUUAAAAUGCUCUGUUUGCUUUCCCCUCAUACUUUUUUUGGUCCUGUUGCCUGUAUAUGUUGCUUCUUAUUGCAUGCCAUAAAUUUUUUUGCAGCCAUUUCUCUAGUCAAAAAUUAUGUGCAGUUGCCAUAUCUCCAUAUCUUGCCCAAGGCAUAAUGGAUUUUGUUUUUUGCAUGCAUGUACAUAUGGAAAAAUAGUAAAAGGUUGCUCUCUGCUGGUGCCUCUGUCGACAUUAUAGCGUACGGUGUGUUAGUAGAAAAUUGAGUUCUUAUGUGUUCAAGGAAGCAUUUUUUUUUCUUUUCUGCACUUCGACUGACCAUGAAUGGUCACGCUCUAAUCGUGCGGCAAGUCAUCAAGUGCUAUACCUUAAGCUAGACCCUGUGCGUGUGGUCUGGAAGGCAAAGCAGCUGGAGUCUUUUAGCUGAGGCCGCUAUUUUUUAUGCCGUUAACCUUGUGCUCUCUAGCUAAACACUGAACUAGGCUUGCCUUUCUACUCCAGUUGUCAUACUGUUUUGUUGACUAAGAUUUUCAUUAUUUAAAAAGAUUGCAUUAUAUAAGCUAGGACCUAUUUUUAAGUGUCUCUUCAUGUCGAGCAAUUUUUUUCUUUUGCAUCAUGUGAGAAGAGAGAUUGCGAGAUAUAGUAGCUGCUCUACAUACUUUUGCCGUGUUUGAGUAAGACUUGCACUCAGUGGUGCUCGAGCGCAGCCUUACAUUUCUUUUUAUCUGAAAGAACACUGCCCUAUCGCAUUGGCAUGUAUCACUCAUGCUCUAGUCUGCAUUCAAUAGACUUCUUUUCUUUGAUAAAAUCCCAGAAGUUUGCUUAUUCUUUCAACAAGCUUUAGGCAGUAAUAUACCAACUUGGAGAUUUCUUGUUCAGCAGCUACAAACAUAAUUUGUCCAAGACUUGCAUAAUUUUGAAGCAGCAGUAUGAUGUUAUAGCAAACGUGUAAUAAUUGUUGGAGUCGGCACUGAACCGGACUAGGACCACAAGAACUACUAGAAAAGCGCUUCACAUACUAUAGUCCCUUUAUCGCGGGGGUCCAGCCCGAAUGACUAAAGCACUUCAACCGAUAGGGGCUGAAGAAAUAGUCAUUCUUAUGUACUCGGCGAUGUUUUCCGAUGGUGGGCCCAUUGAAUUUGUGGCUCAUGAUGAGGAUACAGAGUGCAUGUUCAUUGGUACAUGCUUGUGUGCAUGCACAUUUCAGUUGGACUUUUGCAGCCAUCUAAACUUCUACCUGACUGAGUCUGCUGGCACCACAGGAUUGUAGCAAUUUUCAACAGAACCAUAACAAGAUUUUGAAAUUGAAAGCGCAUUAUAUUUUCCCACAAUUGGAGCCAUAUUCCGAGACUAUCAUUUCUUGAGAUAUUGUUGAAAUGUCGCUUUCAAUGCGCUGAUUGGCAGGUUGAGGAAAGGUGUGCAAGUGCUUGCUCCGACUUGUGUCAUGCGGAGCGACACUAUCGCUCAAAAUGAUCGCCUCAUAACAUGGCUCCUAGAAACAAUUCUUUUUCAGGUAUCAGCAAACCACAAAAAGUUUGUUAAAGCACUUUUGUCGCAAUUACAAAACUCGAUGCCAUGCAGUUUGGCUAACACUCCGAUGUCAUGUGCCUGAACGCUCCCUGUGCACCUGCGUAUGACUGUUGGAAAAAGAUGUUACACAUAGGAUCUACAAAGCUUAAGACAUUGCUAGUGUGCAGUUUCAUCUGUGUGGCCUCGCGGUUGAGUGGUGCCUUUUAUGUCUUGUUUCUACAAACUUUUAAUGGCCCCCACAAGCUGUUAAUAAGUACGCAUAAAAAUUAUCUGUAGCUGGCAGAAAGCUCGAACAUUCCUUGCAGUUUGAAGUACUUGUAUUUAAAAUUUCUAAGAGUAUAAUUUGCACCUGCUGCUGCCAGCUUCACUGGAACGGAAAAAAAAUCAUGUCUGCAUACAAAUCACACAAGUACCUGCACAAUGCAGGCUGAAGCUCUAUAAAUCUGUGCAGCAGAAUUGUUGACAUGAAUUAAAGAUCCGAAAACAAGGUUUUACGUGUGACUGAUAUUUCUGUUGUAUUCUUUUGAAGCAUUGCACGCCUCCUGGCAGGUCGCGCUGUAUGUGUGAAAACGUAGCGCAAUAUGCUUCUGGCUUUUUGAAGGUUUCGCGGCUGCUAUGAUGUGUUCCCAUAGUGAGGACAACCCCAAAAGAUUUACGAGCAAAAUGUGCACAUUGGCCUAAAGUAUGAGAACGCUUGUACUUGCUCACCAUUGCUUAUCUAUAUCUGCUGAAGUUAUUCACAUGGAUUUGGUCCCGUGGAUUACAUCGUCGACUCAUUUCUUGCUGCACAAGCAUUUGCUGCCAUUAUGAAGCUGCUGGAGUGAUGCGCAUUAUUUUUGUAAUAAUGAACUUAAAUAGCUUAUCUAAAUUAUUGCUUGCUUGUGUUGAGCUGCUUGAAGUGAAUAAAGAAAAAAAGAAACUGGAA